AUGUGGGAAUUCUUUACGAUGCUGCAGCAUUGUGUUAUGGAUUCUAUUCUCGAUCUGCACGUUGAUCGCCGUCGGACUGUUAGCUUCUACCUAUUUAAUCUGACCAACGCAGAAGAGUGGCAAACGAAUGGCACGAAGCCAAAAUUAAGGGCUGUUGGACCCUACAGGUACAGGCGAAUUACUAAGAAAAGCGACAUACACUUCAGUGAAGGUAGUUGCGGCCAAAGAGUCUUGGAGUAUAAACUGUCCACCGUGUACCACUUUGAACCGAAUGGCUUCACUCGGGAUCCCAGGCAAGACAGGCUAAUUGUACCCAACUUUGUUGAAGGCAUCGCCAACUCCAUGAUUAAACAAGCCGGAUCUUUGGGUACGAGAGCAGUGUGGUACUUCUUAUCAAAACCACUUCUCUUGAAUCUCACCGCGGAGGAGAUCAUGUGGGGACAUGAGUACGGAAAUUUGGUGGCAGGACGAGUCCUAGGCAUGGUUGAAGACGCCAAGAUUGGUCUGUUCAAUAGACUUAACAAUACAAUCUAUGGCCCCUACAAAACCGACACAGGGAAUAUCAACAUCUCCAGACUGGGUGCCUUGGUGGCCUUCGAAGGAAAGACGCAACUUGACAAAUGGGGCUCAGACUAUGCUAAUAUGCUCAACGGUACAGCCGACAUCAUCACACCACCGUCGGUGAAGAUGGGCGAUAGGCGUUACAUGUUUAGCACUGAAAUCUGUCGCUCGGUGCCGUUGGUAGCUAAGAAGUGGGUCUCUGCCAAAAAUUUUCCUCAGUUGAAGCUAUUGUCCCUGGAAAUAGAUAGCAAGGUAUUUCUCAGUGCUGAUGAGGACCCGGACAAUGCUGCCUUCCAUGCACACGUCUAUCCCACCAAUAAGUAUCCUCCAACUGGUCUUUUGUCAAUAAGUCCUUGUGUGGAUUUCGGUAUUGAAGGUGACGAGCCCUUAUUCAUCUCUCUUCCCUUCUUCAAUCAAGCUGCUGAUGAAGUGAAAGACUCUGUUGCCUUCGACGGUCUCAUUGAACCCCAUUUGACCUCACAAGUGCACGUUGACCCCAAAACCGGAAUUCUGGUCGAAGGCGAACUCUUCUUCCAAAUUAACAUCUUUCUAUCCAAAACAAUACAGAGAACACCAAAAGAUAUCUAUUUUCCCCUGGCGUAUAUAAACGAAUGUGCCCUUUUCGUUGUGCUUCAUACGUUGCAAAUGCCCAUUCCUCUCCUUCUCAAGACCACAUACGCUGAACAAGAGUCUGCAAAGCAGCUCUACCGGAUGGUCUAUGAGACGCCAGAAGUGAUACGUAGGGCGUUGAGGUCUCUUCUCGGUCUCUCUGCAAUUCUGGCAGUGCUGUUUUCCAUCUCCGCUCUGAUUCUUCACUGGCGAGAGCAUCGACACUUGUUUGCUCCGUCGGAAGUGAACUGUGGCCUUGAGGAAGGCAGUUUGAAAGAGGAGGACUCCUUUUAUUGUAUGUUUUGA